AAAAAAUUAAAAACCAAACAUUGUUAACCAAUGAAAAAUUCACGCGCCAAGACACCUAUUUUCUACACGCGUCAACUCCACUUCGCCACCAGGUUGAUUCCGACCGGAUUACGUCAGCUUUCCUUCACCACAUCACAGCUGAAACAGAAAAGCUAUGAGCAGCAGCCCACUGAACCGUGAAUACCACAAAUGGAAUCCAAUACUCAAAAACCCGCCGCCGUGCAACCCGAAUCCGAUGCCCACCCACUCCUCAAACCCGACCCGGAAACCCCAAACCCCCGAUCAAUCUCAGCAGUAUCCAACCCAACCAUCGAAGAGGAGAUGGAGAAUAAGUACGCCGCCUUCGUCCGCCGCGACGUGUAUGGAACAAUGGGGCGGGGGGAGCUGCCGUGGCCGGAGAAGUUUUUACUAGGACUCGCCGUGGUGUUUUUGGUACCGAUAAGAGUGGCGGCGGCGGCGUAUAUCCUGGUUUUUUACUAUCUAAUUUGUCGGAUUUGCACCGCGUUUCUAGCUCCCAACAGGGAAGACGGCGGGCAGGAAGAUUACGCCCACAUCGGCGGGUGGCGGAGGGCGGUGAUUGUGCAGAGCGGCAGGUUUCUAUCUAGGGUUUUGCUUUUCGUUUUCGGGUUCUAUUCGAUUAGCGAAACGAACAGAGGCUUUAAUGCUGAUGGGCAAUUCGACACGCAGUUUACGACCGAAGAGGAAGAAAGACCGGGCGUUAUUGUAUCGAAUCAUGUAUCGUAUAUAGAUAUAUUGUAUCACAUGUCUUCGUCUUUCCCGAGCUUUGUUGCUAAGAGAUCCGUGGCUAGACUUCCUCUUGUUGGUCUUAUAAGCAAGUGUCUCGGUUGUGUCUAUGUUCAGCGUGAAUUAAAAUCGUCCGACUUCAAGGGGGCCUCAGUUGUCGUCAGUGAAAGAAUUCGAGAAGCUCACAUGAAUAAGUUUGCUCCGAAGAUGAUGCUUUUCCCAGAAGGCACAACCACAAACGGAGAUUACCUACUUCCGUUUAAAACCGGUGCAUUUUUGGCAAAGGCACCGGUACUUCCCGUCAUUUUAAGAUAUCCGUACGAUAGAUUUAGUCCUGCAUGGGACUCUAUUUCUGGGGUUCGCCAUGUGAUUUAUCUUCUCUGUCAGUUUGCAAACUACAUCGAAGUGACGCGAUUACCUGUUUAUAAUCCGUCGGAACAAGAAAAGGAAGAUCCGAAGCUUUAUGCUGAAAAUGUUAGACGGCUGAUGGCUCACGAGGGUAAUUUAGUAAUAUCAGAUAUCGGAUUGGCAGAGAAACGAGUCUAUCAUGCUGCUCUCAAUGGUUUAUUGUCUGAGAGAUAAUUCGGGUUCGUCGGGGUAAACGGAAAUACUAAUACUAUGUUAAUUACCGACUGGCUGUCAAGAAAUCCCUGUAUUUUUCCAUCUAAUUACAAGAUUGUCCCCAUUGUUCAUGUACUCGUAAUAAUGUAUUUGGUUUGUUGAAAAACAAUUUCGCGGAUUCAAUCAUCGGCUCUAAAUACAUUAAUAUUUUGA